AUGGAAGACCCCAAAUCUGAUGGCUCUUUGGGAUCUAUAUCAGGUCUUGAAGAUGCCCUUAGUGAUGAUCAAUUCAACCCGUCAACUCCAAAAGUUUCUUCGAAGAGGCCAUCGUUAACAGCGACGCCCGUCAGAACUACACCAGCGAGAACAUACAAAAAGACACCGGUGCGAACACCGAGAUCGGCCAGCAGACUACCUGCAACACCAUAUGCAAGACAUGCGAUGCACGAGGCCAAACCCAGACAAAGGACCGAGAGGCGAGACCUCAGAGGCGAUAUCGUCAAUCCGUUGAUACAACUGCGAGCUUUGAGCAGGACAAUGAGGCAGGAGCGGUUGGACGAAAAACGACAGAAACAGUUAAACGAAGAGAAGGCCCUGACCCAUUUGAACGAGCAAGUUGUUUCGCAAACGGUGACACCUCAACAGCCUGAGCAUCAGACCAUUAUCACAUCUCGAAGGAAUGCAGAACUUGAGCCUUCCUUACCGGAGUUGGAAGCACAGGAAGAGAUCAUUAAUGAGUUCGAUAGCUUUGCAGAUGUUGGUCCACCCGAGUUUUCUGAUUUGGAGGACCAAAGAGAGCGCGGACCUCGAAUGAGUAUUACAGGUGAGGAGUUCAACAGUGAUGGAAACAUUGCCAUUCCAGAGGGAAUAAUACGACAAGAGGGCGAUUUUUCAAUGCUGGAGAUGGAUUUUGAGUAUGACAAUAGGCUCUCCAAUGCGUUCAGCGAGGGCUCCAGAAUGAGCAUUUCCAGAGACUUCUCCAAAAGAAUGAUACCCAGCUCGAAUCUCAAACGAAAAUCUUCCAAGCCAGCCGAAUUUGAGAUACCGCUUUCCUCUUUGCGCGCAUUAGCCAAACAGACACUCCAGAAGAAGCACCUGUCUGCUGAGGCCCUCCGUCACCUUUCUGAGAUCGGAAUGGAGUUUUUCGAACAACAGGUAGAGGAUUUGCAGGCGUACGCCCAACAUGCUGGUCAUAAGGCGAUCGACCACAACGAUGCUCUUCUGCUCAUGAAAAGAGCCAAGUUGAGGGAUGACGAUGUUUCGGAUCCGUUCUGCAUAGCCACGCAGUUUUUGAGCAUGGACGAGAUCACCACUCUGGAAAACUUUGUUUACAAAGACAGAAUAACCAAAGUAGCCAAGGAUAAGAAGAAGAAAUCAUCCAUUGACUACGACAGCUCUGUGAGUGGUGCCACCAUGAAUGACGAUAAUGAUGAUGAAUAA